CUGGAGUAUGUUCCACGUGCUUCGUUACUGUACUGGAAUGUAUACAGAUUGCUGCAUCAACCACAAAAGAAACUUCCCUUUUUCUUACAACCUCUUUUAUGACAUCUGGAUAAAUUACCCAAUAUGUUGUGGAUGUGACUAGAUUGGCAUUAGCACAAACUCCCCAGUAUUUGGGCCUCAAGUUCUUUUUUUGGUAUUACAACCCUGAAAAUAGCAUUCUUUGAAAUCUCUGUCUGGUCACUACUCCUUCUCUGUCUUCUGCUUCUACAUGAAUACUACUGAUUCAUUAUGACUGUGUGGAAAUUCAAAAACAUAAAUUGUACAAAGCACUUUGGGAAUAAUUGUUGUUGAACAAUUACCAGAAAAAAGUAUGGACUAAUGUGACAAAGCUGUGCAAGGUGCUUUGAUCUUUGUAUCUGUGAAAGUGACCUGUAGGUGCAUGUCAAGAAAAUCACUGAAUCACAGAAAGAAAAAGAAACUUAAAGGUUCAGGUACAAUUUUGGUCAAAUCUAGCAACUUGCUCCUCACAGUCUUCUAGCUGUCUGUUCAGAGUGUGUCCUCAAAAUAAUUCCGGUGUUCGUAAAGUCUUGGCCCUGCAAAUGGGAAACAAUCAGUGCCAGUGUGAUUUGAUCAUCAACCUCUUGUCAGAAUCACCGACUACAACUUUUAAUGCUUUACAUUAGCAAAAAUAAAUAUGUGUACUAAUUUGUAUUGCAAAAAGGCAAAUCUAUGGUAACCGUCUCUCUUUCUACCCGCAACCUCUUCCCCAGGUUUCUUUCCUAUUGUAUGAACAUAAAGAUUAAAGGUGCAGUACAAGAACAAGUCAGCAAGCAUCUCUGAGAGAAUUAUUUUCACCAUAUCGUUGCAUUAAAGGAUAGUUUGACCGAGUUUCUGUUUCCAAACAGAACUAAAGUCAGAAAUGUCUGGAUUUACCGAACCAUCACAACCGCUCAUGUCAGUGAAGAAGGAGAUAAAAGAAGAAGAAUUUGAUGAUUUCCUACAAGAGUAUUUGUCUGCAAUUCAGACAGUGGAAGAAAAGCCUGGAAUGGAAUGUGAAAUCAAGACUGAAAUGUACACGUCACCAACCAUGAAAGAAGAAAAGAAUUCACCAAUGGAAAUUACAGAUGAAGAAGAAUUUGAUUUAAGUGAAUAUGGUCACUAUGCCUCUUCUCCUACAGGAGACAUUCAAAGGAUCCAAUCUAAUAUGAAAGGGAACACUGAGGAAAAAAGAAACAAAGACAGAUGUCACAAUCAGUCAAAUCAAUCACACCUAACCGUACAUAUGAUGAAACAUACUGGAGAAAAGCCAGUUCAGUGUUCUCAAUGUGGAGGGACCAUUAAUUAUAUAUCCAGCCUCAAGGAACCCCAGAGGAUCCAUACUGGGGAAAGGCCUUAUCAGUGUUCUCAGUGUGAAAAGACCUUUAGCCACAUGUCUCAACUUAGGACCCAUCAGAGGAUCCAUACUGGAGAAAAGCCCUAUCAGUGUUCUCAGUGUGGAAAAACCUUUAGACAAAUGUCUAAUCUCAAGAGACACCAGGGGAUCCAUAUUGGGGCUAAGCCACAUCAGUGUUCUCAGUGUGGAAAGGCUUUUAAUCAAAUGAGUAAUCUUAAAAAUCACCAGAAGAUCCAUACUGGAGAAAAGCCACAUCAGUGUUCUCUGUGUGGAAAAACCUUCAACCUUAUGUGUAAUCUUAAAAAACACCAGAAGAUCCAUACUGGAGAAAAGCCACAUCAGUGUUCUCUAUGUGGAAAAACCUUUAGCCUUAUGGGUAAUCUUAAAACACACCAGAAGAUCCAUACUGGAGAAAAGCCACAUCAGUGUUCUCAGUGUGGAAAAACCUUUAGCCAAAUGUCUGAUCUUAAAACACACCAGAAGAUCCAUACUGGAGAAAAGCCACAUCAGUGUUCUCAGUGUGGAAAAACCUUUGGCCACAUAUCUCAUCUCAAGAAACACGAGAAGAUCCAUACUGGAGAAAAGCCACAUCAGUGUUCUCAGUGUGGAAAGGCUUUUAAUCAAAUGAGUAAUCUUAAAAAUCACCAGAAGAUCCAUACUGGAGAAAAGCCACAUCAGUGUUCUCUGUGUGGAAAAACCUUCAGCCAUAUGUGUAAUCUUAAAACACACCAGAAGAGCCAUACUGGAGAAAAGCCACAUCAGUGUUCUCUGUGUGGAAAAACCUUUAGCCUUAUGGGUAAUCUUAAAACACACCAGAAGAUCCAUACUGGAGAAAAGCCACAUCAGUGUUCUCAGUGUGGUAAAAACUUUAGCCGAAUGUCUGAUCUUAAAACACACCAGAAGAUCCAUACUGGAGAAAAGCCACAUCAGUGUUCUCAGUGUGGAAAGGCCUUUAACCAAAUGUCUAAUCUCAAGAGUCACCAGAGGAUCCAUUGAAAUGAUGUGCUGCCCUGCUAAUACCUGAUUGAGUAUCACUUACUGAAAUAUUUUAGAUUAGAUGAGUUUUAAAACAACAUGUGAUGUACAUGAUAAAAGUUUAUUCCUUCACAUAUGAAACAUUAGUUAGGGUAGAGAUUGAAACAUGAAUUCAAUAAAAAAAAGUUAAAAGUGAGUGUUUUUUUCAAGUAUGUGUAUGUGG